CAUGUACUAUCGGGGGCGGGGCUGCCAAGGGAGGAGGAAGAUGGCGGCGGGGGCGAGGUGAGGUGUUGGCAGUGGAAAGGGGCUCGGGCGCGGGGGGCGGGGGGACGCGGAGCUAUGGCCCGCGCCGGCCGAAGGGGCGGAUAAAAAGCCGUCGCGCCGCGGGUGUGGGCGGGAGGGAGGUGAAGGCGCCCGAGCGCCACAAGAGUAUGACGGGGCUGUACGAACUGGUGUGGCGGGUGCUGCACGCGCUGCUCUGCCUGCACCGCACGCUCACCUCCUGGCUCCGCGUUCGGUUCGGCACCUGGAACUGGAUCUGGCGGCGCUGCUGCCGCGCCGCCUCUGCCGCGGUCCUAGCGCCACUCGGCUUCACGCUCCGCAAGCGCCCGGCUGUCGGCAGAAACCGCCGUCACCACCGGCAUCCGCACGGGGGGCCGGGCCCCGCCGCUGCCCACCGCCGGCUCCGCUGGCGCGCGGACGGCCGUUCCCUGGAAAAGCUGCCUGUGCAUAUGGGCCUGGUGAUCACCGAGGAGGAGCAGGAACCCAGUUUCUCGGACAUCGCGAGCCUAGUGGUGUGGUGUAUGGCCGUGGGCAUCUCCUACAUUAGCGUCUACGACCAUCAAGGUAUUUUCAAAAGAAAUAAUUCCAGAUUAAUGGAUGAAAUUUUAAAACAACAGCAGGAACUUCUGGGCCUAGAUUGUUCGAAAUACUCACCAGAGUUUGCAAAUAGUAAUGACAAAGAUGAUCAAGUUUUAAAUUGCCAUUCAGCAGUCAAGGUGCUGUCCCCAGAAGAUGGAAAAGCAGAUAUUGUGAGAGCUGCUCAGGACUUUUGCCAGUUAGUAGCCCAGCAGCAAAGGAGACACACAGAUUUGGAUGUAGCUAUGUUAGACAGUUUACUUAGUUCAAACGGUUUCCCUGAUCCUGAUUUAGUAUUGAAGUUUGGUCCUGUGGACAGCACAUUAGGCUUUCUUCCCUGGCACAUCAGAUUGACUGAGAUUAUCUCUUUGCCUUCCCACCUAAACAUCAGUUAUGAGGACUUUUUCUCUGCCCUUCGUCGGUAUGCAGCCUGUGAACAGCGUGUGGGAAAGUAGUGAUCCUUGGUUGUGUAAUUGUUUUAGGCUUUUCGAGAAAAGGACCCAAGUGACUCUGAUGUUUACAAAGCACCUAUGAAGCCCUGUAUACACCUAGUUCAUAAUCCUCAUAAUUUAUCAACAAACACAGAAAAGUGUCUUACUUGAGAGUGAGUGUGUGUGUGCUUGUGUGUGUGCAUGUGUGUAUGUAUGGACAUAAACUUAUAAAUGGGGGAAGUAUUGGAGAAGGAAAUAUAAAGACCUACAACCUUGAGCAAAUAGCAUUGUUUUAGGAGCUGACAUUUCAGAUUUAAAGUCUUCAGUCCCAUCUACUUCCCUGUUUUUGUGGGGAGAAGGAGGGCUGAUUAGAGCUGUUCUGGUUGUUGGGGGAGGGGAAUAAUUUUUGUUCAGUCCUUCCUAUGACCAAACUUUAAUUUUUAAGAAUAAUAUAUUGACUUGUUAAAUGGAAACAUUCUGAGUUUGAGGGAGCUCCAGAGGAAUGGAGUUCUGUAUUGGUCAUAUGUUAAGAGCUUGCUCACUUGCGGAGCAGAGGGAAUACCUGUCUUCAGAUACCCGUCCAUUUUCAUCUCUUCAUUAUAGUCAAACGAUGUGACUUGAGAGUAUUGCUCUGGUGUCAGUGUUCUGGGUUGUGAAGAUCAUUUGAAAAAGAAUUCUUACUACAUUGAAAUGCAGAAUUUUAGAAAUUUAAAUAUUGGAUUAGAUAGUCAAAAAAAGAGUGACUAAGUUGUAAUGUUAAAAGUAAAGUUGGAAAAUUUCUUAUAAAAGGAAAGAAUGUUUUGAUUCCCUUUUUUGUUUGGUGGGCAGAAUGCUAUAUAAUACUCAAAGUUGGUUUCAAAAAUAUUUUCAUUAGCUAUUUUUAUUUAAAAUAAGUAUUUGAGGGAAGUUACCAAGGCAGCUCUUUUCCUCAAAAGUAACCUGUUCCUCUUUGGAAUAGCACUUUUAGGGCCAUGUUAAUACCUGGGAUUUUUACUCAGUAAAUCCUGAUGGUUGCUUUGCAUAAAAGAUCUUUAAGUAGGAUUGAGGCCUGUGUAGGGAAUAAAAUACUACCAAAGUCUAUAAAAAUAAAUUAAUUUUAUAUGUUCUCUCUUAUGACAGAGAACAGCACUGGUUCUGUUAUUUUUAAAAUGAAUAAAUGAUUUCUUGAUAUGUGUUUAAUAUUUCUUCCCUCACUGCUGAUUCUUGGGUAGAGACCAUUCUUUAUAUUUUGAUAGACUGUUUUCAGAAAACUCUCAUGUGUACAAUAGUUAUCUAAAAUUGUACAUUUAGGUGGAGUAGUUCAAAUAUUAGAUUUCAGAAGUAUGAAAAAGCAAAGAAUGGAUUUGAAAUUGCUUGUCAAAUUCUGAAACUAUGAAGAGUAAAUGUUUCAACUUUGGAUUACAAAACCCCAUUUAUGAUUUUAAAAUACAAUUGAAAUAAAAAUGAUUAAAUUUAAA